GAAGGGAGGAAGAGAGUCGAGUGCGGGGCGUCGUCUCGGUGGUGUUGCGGCUGUCACACACACCGGCUUCAGCGACGACGCGACGAGCUUUGCGGUUUCCAGAGGCGCCCCGAGUGGCGCGCACGUGCGCGACAGGGGAAGGAGGGACGUACCACCGCUGCUGCCACCACUGCGUCGCCGGAUGCCGGCGGGCGACGGAUGUUUGCCCCGAGGAAGCGCGUUUUAUUAUCGCCCCCUUUGUUUCUUUUAUUCGCGGAGCCAUCGGCAGCCGAGUAGAAGCAGCGGGGGGCCGCACGCCGCCGAGGUGGUCUGCCGUUGAGAGCGUCGUGUCCGGAAGAACCGCGGUCUCGUAGCCGGAGCUGGAACCUCGGGCCCACCAGAGGCAACGAUACGAGCGACUCCGAUCAUGGCGGGAUAUUCGGCGCCACCCGCUCUGUUCCCCUUGUUCCUGGUUUUCCUCGGGACGGUCUGGACGUCCGCGUUCAAUCUGGACACUCAGUUUCCUGUGGUGCUACCCGGACCAGGAGCUGCGGGAAGUCACUUUGGAUACUCAGUGGCCUUGCAUGGUGGCGGCCAACUUGGAAUGCAGGCCCUCGUGGGUGCCAUUCGGGCAAACUCGUCGCACCCAAGGUGGCGGGGAAUUUACGAACCCGGCGUGCUGUAUCGCUGUCCGCUGCUCGAGGAAGGCCGGCCCUGCGUCGAGCUGUACGUCGACGCUGUGGGUAACGAAAUCCACGACGAUCAUAUCGAAACUAUGCGCUAUCACGACUUGAAGGACAACAUGACCCUGGGCAUGUCCCUCGACGUUUCACCUGACGGGAGCGUUGUGGCCUGUGCACCCCUGUGGAAAAACCAGAAAUGGUACGGAGUCCACCUAGCUAAUGGCGCUUGUUACGUACUCGAUCAGGACCUCAGGCAACCAAAGAAACUAGUCCCUCUAGUCAAAAGAAUUGACCAACUGCUCCAAAACCGAAGUACUUCAACAGCCCAGCAGUCCGUGAACUACGACUACUACUACUACGCGGCGGAGCUGGGGUUCUCGGCGGCCUUCGCGGAGGACGGAAAGCUAGUCCUUGGAAUUCCAGGCUUCUACAACUGGGAAGGUUCCAUAACGCGCUACAACCAAAACCAUCAACUCACGAGUCAUCACAUGCUUCUGGGCAGAAAACAAAAAGAUUCGUACAAAGGCUACGCCGUCACUACGGGAAGGUUAUUUCAAGGACGCGAACUUACCGUCGCCGCUGGGUCACCGCGUGGCGGCGACUACAAAGGACAGGUGUUUCUCUUCAGUAUCGAUGGCCCCGGCAACGAUCGGGGAGUCGUGAUCAGGAGCCUUCUUUCCGGAUCUCAGAUGUGCGAGUAUUUCGGUUCUUCGCUGCUGGCCACUGAUCUCGAUGGGGACGGCAUUGACGAUCUGCUGGUGGGCGCCCCCAUGCACAGCAUACCAGACGGACAGGAUGAAGGACGUGUCUACGUCUACCGAAGCAACGGAGUUGGACUGUAUGCUUCCGGCUAUUUGGAGGGACACCGAGCCACGGCCGCCCGCUUCGGAACCAGCAUCGCCAAAGUCGGCGACCUUAACAAGGACGGAAUUCAAGACGUGGCCGUAGGCGCGCCCUACGAGAACGACGUCGGAGCCGUGUACAUUUACCAUGGGUCGCCCACGCUUGGUGACAGGACCGUCUAUGCACAGAGGAUAGACGCGAGUGCCGUGUCGUCACGCAUCGGGACGCCCUUGAAAGGGUUCGGCAUCAGCAUCUCCAAAGGGAUGGACGUCGACUCGAAUCACUACGACGACGUCCUUAUCGGAUCAUACGUGACAGACAACGCCGUGCUCUUUAGGUCCCGUCCCAUUGCGCAGCUGAGGGGCGUCAUCAGGCCCGAGGUCGCAAUGAUCACUUCCGACAUGAACAAAUGCGAAGUCGCCGACAAAUCGAAAUUUGCGUGCUUCAAGCUCACGACCUGCAUCGAGUACACCGGAACAUUUGUUCCCAAUGCUACCGAUGUGGAGAUAGAGUUGACGCUGGACGUGACCCGCAAGAUGGAUAACCGUCCCGCGCGGGGAUUCAUGUUCCGUGACCAAAACCGAGUCGACAAUUACAGCUCGCUUGUGAGAGCGAGGAGAGGGCACACGACGUGUGAAAGCCGCCUCGUCUAUUUAGAUAUAUACUUUGGCAUAAGCGGAAAAUCACAAGUGCACACGAUGCGCCGUUCUCCGAAGCUACCAGUGAGAUACGGGGCUUGGAACGUCGAGGCGUGGAACCGGCUCACAUUUUUUGUACAAGGCCAUGAGAUCUUCGUCGAACCGCUCAUACCGUUCGCUGUGCGGAUGGCGUACCGGCUGCGAGACACCAGUGACCAACGCUGGUGCCCCACUUGCCCGGUUCCCGACAAGACCAUCCCGCUUGCACUCACUAAAGCGAUUCCAUACCAGCACGGCUGUGGUUCGGAUGAUGUUUGUCGGGCGGACCUGAAACUCGACGUCAACAUUGCUAACUACGAUGGAUCCCCGCUGGUGGUCGGCGAGCGCCGGGAUCUCUCGGUGUCAUUGUUCGUGGAAAACGCCGGCGCCACGGACCCCGCGUACCUUGCCCGCGUGCUGGUCACCCUGCCGGACCAAGUGCGAGUAGGUCAACAAGGACCAAUGCAGUGUCCAGCUGGACCCGGCGCACGGCAGGUCGCUCAUCGUCUGCGACGCCGGGAAUCCACUGCGAUCCUCGAGAAACGCAAUCUUCCUUCUAAAGCUGGACAUGAGCCAAGUCGCGGAUACAUUCAACUUGACCGCUGAAGCUACUUCGACCAGCGAGGAAGCAACGCCGAAUGACAACAAGGUUGUGAUCGAGUUGCCCUUUGUACACAAGGCAGACAUCUCCAUGCUGGGGAAAGCCAAGCCAGAAGUGGUCACUUUCAAUGCAGCAACAAAGAACAUUGAACUUGAACAUGGAUUUGUCCUCGCCAAGCUGUACGCCAGUCCAAUACAGCAAGUUCAGCUGUCCAUCCGUGUGCCCUACGUUUUCAGCGAGACAGAGAAACCAAUCGCCUAUGUCCGGCAAAUUAGG